AUGUGUGUCGAUUUCACGGAUUUGAAUAGAGCCUGCCCCAAGGACGACUAUCCACUUCCCAAAAUAGAUCGCCUGGUGGACUCCACAGCAGGCCAUGCGCUACUAAGUUUCAUGGAUGCCAAUGCCGGAUAUCACCAGAUUCAAUUGGCGCCGGAGGACCAAACACACACGGCCUUCAUUACUAGCAUGGGUGUCUACUGCUACAAAGUCAUGCCCUUCGGGUUAAAAAAUGCUGGAGCCACCUAUCAAAGGAUGGUAAACAAGGUUUUCCAAUCUCAGAUUGGACGAAAUUUAGAGGUAUGCGUGGAUGACAUGAUAACAAAAAGCAAGCACGCAACUCAGCACGCUGCGAAUUUGCGUGAAACGUUCAAUACCCUCCGUAAACACCAGAUGAAGCUCAAUCCGGACAAGUGCGUGUUCGGGGUCACCGGAGGAAAAUGUCUCGGCUUCUUGGUAGACGAACAGGGCAUCGAGGCAAAUCCAGAUAAGAUUCAGGCCAUUCAAAACAUGAGAUCCCCCACCUCCGUAAAAGAAGUGCAAAAGCUUACGGGGUGUAUAGCCGCACUAGGAAGAUUCCUUUCAAAGUCAGCAGACAAAUGCUUGCCUUUCUUCAAAACGAUAAAGCAACAGAAAUUCGAAUGGACCGCGGAAGCAGAAGAGUCUUUCCGUCAGCUCAAGGAGCACUUAUCGGCCUUGCCAAAACUAGUUUCGCCCAUCAACGGGGAAAAGCUAGUCUUAUAUGUCUCUGUCUCCGAAUACUCGUUAUCCGGAGUGCUUGUGGCGGAAAGAGAAAAGAAGCAGCUCCCAAUAUACUAUGUGAGUCAUGCAUUCCGCGGCUCAGAAGGGAACUAUUGCGAAGUGGGAAAGGUCAUAUUUGCGAUAGUGAUGGCCAGCAGGAAAUUGAAGCCAUACUUUCAGUCCAACCCGAUCAUUGUCCGGACUGAUCAACCUUUAAAAAAGAUCCUUGAGGGGAAAAACAAGUCGAGCCGUGUCACAGAUUGGGCAAACCAGCUAGCAGAUUUCGGCAUCGAGUACGAGCCUCGAACGGCAAUUAAAGCACAAGCCUUGGCUGACUUUAUUGCUGAAAGCACUUCCCCCCCUCCUGCUGAACUUAAUCGAGAAUGGAAUUUGUAUGUAGACGGGUCUUCAACACAAUCGGCGAGUGGGGCCGGGCUCCUCAUUGUGUCUUCCGCCGGGGUCCGCAUGGAAAGGGCGGUCAGAUUUGAGUUCGCGGCAUCCAACAAUGAGGCCGAGUAUGAAGCAUUACUAAUGGGGCUGAAAAUCUGCUACGAGGCAGGGGCUAAAGAAUUGGCCGCAUUCUCGGAUUCCCAAUUGAUAGUGGGGCAAGUAAACGGGGAAUUCGAGGCUAAAGAUGAUAGCAUGAAAAUGUAUCUGCAGCAAAUGAAAGACUUUAUUCCAAAGUUUGACAAGUUCACGUUGGAGCACAUUCCACGAUCCCAAAAUGCCCAGGCUGAUUCCCUAGCAAAACUUGUCAGCUCCGCAGAUACUUCCGCGGCUUGUGAUAUAAUUUGGGAAGUGCUCCCCAACCCCAGCAUCAACUUCAUGAUCAACACCAUCGACAGAUCUGAAACAUGGAUGGGGCCAUACAUUAAGUACUUGCAAGAUCAAACGCUCCCCCAGGACGAGAAUCAGGCCAAAAUGCUCCAGAAGAAGGCCAAAUGGUUCGAACUUCAUGAAGGAACGCUUUAUAAAAAGUCAUACACACAUCCCCUCCUGAAAUGUGUUGCUCCUGAAGAAGGAAACUAUAUCCUACGCGAAAUACACGAAGGCGGAUGCGGAAUACACCAGGGAGUGCGAACGGUCAUUAGCAAAGUCCUUAGAAGUGGUUAUUAUUGGCCUUCACCCCGGAAAGACGCGGAAGAGUUGAUCCUACGGUGUCCUGAAUGUCAGUAUCACUCAAAGAUAGGGAGGAAACCCUCUAAUUACUUGACCGUCUUGCAAGCCGUUCUGCCAUUCGACAAGUGGGGUAUGGAUCUCCUUGGCCCUUUUCCACCAGCAAAGGGGCAGCGCAAGUUCAUCAUUGUGGCUAUUGAUUACUUCACUAAGUACGUAGAAGCAGAGGCUCUUAGUUCGAUCACAGACAAGCAAGUCUGUCAGUUUUUAUGGCGGAACAUCAUCACAAGAUACGGCAUACCGAGGGUGAUCAUUACGGAUAAUGGAAGGCAAUUUGUCAGCAAGAACACCAUUGAGUAUUGCGACAAAUUCCACAUCCAAAUCAGAUUUAGUUCUGUGUCCAGGCCGCAAACUAACGGUCAAGUCGAGUCCGCCAACAAGGAGAUACUAAAUGGUAUCAAAAAGAAGAUAUAA